AUGGUGCUAACCACGAGACAGGCUAACUCCGCAUCCAAUACCGCCAAUCUCAAGAAAUAUCUUGAUUUGGACCAGAAAGGCAGCAUCAUCGCUGAGUACGUGUGGAUUGAUGGCGCCGGCGGUUGUCGGUCAAAGUGCAAGACCAUCAACAAGCCAAUCACAAGUGUCGACGAUCUUCCCGAAUGGAACUUCGACGGUUCAUCCACCGGCCAAGCUCCCGGCGACAACUCGGACGUCUACCUCCGACCUGUCGCCUACUACCCCGAUCCUUUCCGUCUGGGUGACAAUGUCCUCGUCAUGUGUGAGACAUGGAUGUCCGACGCCACCCCCAACAAAUUCAACUACCGUCACGAUUCCGCCGUCUUGAUGGACGCCAACGCCAGUCACGAGUUCUGGUUCGGUCUGGAACAGGAAUACACUCUUCUGGACCCCAGCGGCUGGCCGCUGGGCUGGCCUACGAACGGCUACCCGGCGCCUCAGGGCCCGUAUUACUGCGGGGUGGGAGCCGGCAAGGUCUUUGGUCGUGACAUCGUCGAUGCCCACUACAAAGCUUGCUUGUACGCCAGCAUUCAGAUUUCCGGCACCAACGCUGAGGUCAUGCCCGGCCAAUGGGAGUACCAAAUCGGGCCUUGCGUCGGCAUUUCACAGGGCGAUCAACUGUGGAUGUCUCGAUUCAUCCUCCACCGCGUCGCCGAAGAGUUCGGCGUCAAGGUCACCUUCGCUCCCAAGCCCGUCCCCGGCGACUGGAACGGCGCGGGCCUGCAUACCAACGUCUCCACCAAGGAGAUGCGUGAGGAGGGUGGCAUCAAGGCCAUCGAGGCCGCCAUGGAGAAGCUCAGCACCCGACAUGCGGAGCACAUGGAGGUCUACGGCGAGGACAAUCAGCUCCGUAUGACCGGUGCGCACGAGACGGCCAGCUACGACAAGUUCUCAUGGGGCGUGGCCAACCGUGGUGCGUCGGUGCGUGUCAACCGCGCCGUCGCCGAGGAGGGCAAGGGAUACUUUGAGGACCGUCGCCCGGCUUCCAAUGCCGACCCGUAUCAGAUCACGGGUAUCAUCGUCCAGACGCUCUGCGGCAACGUCGAGGGUGUCAACAUCGGGAAGGCCGUCUCGGUGGCCUCAUCAACACCGGACGCCGUCGUUGAGACAACCAAGUCGUAA